GAGGACAAUAGGAGGCACAACAACAUGGCCAACAACUUGUUUUUAUGUCGACUUCGCCUCCAAUCCCCCUCGAAACUGGACGCUGGUCGACCGAUGGAAAUUGGCUGUGGCGUUUAAGUAAGCAAUUUGACAAUAACGAGGGAAGAAAAGCUGGAGCUUCCCAGUGACCCACAUCUAAUGGCCUGGUGCUCACGGCCUGACCUAGCAAGCCUCGCAUGGCUCGGCCCUCCACCGGCGGCUACGUGCAGCCUCCUCUCGCUGUCAUCACUACGUGACCCACAUCUCCAUGGUAACACGUUGAAAAUGGCCGCGAGGAUAAGGGGCCGGCCCCCGUCGAGGGCUUUGGCCAUAACGGAUCACAGAGGAGCGAGGCCACUGAACCUAGAGAAUGGGCUGCGUCCAAUGUAAGGAUAAAGAAGCAGCAAAACUCACCGACGAGCGCGACGCCGGCCUCUCGCACAACUCGGGCUACCGCUAUGGCUCCGACCCCACGCCGCAGCACUACCCCCCCAACUUUGGGGUCACCACCAUCCCAAAUUACAACAACUUCCACAGCACCGCCACGCAGGGGGUCACCGUCUUUGGAGGCGUGCACUCGUCCUCGCAGUCGGGCACGCUGCGGUCCCGAGGAGGAACAGGAGUGACUCUGUUUGUGGCUCUGUACGACUACGAAGCUCGGACCGACGAUGACCUCAGCUUCAGGAAAGGGGAGAGGUUCCAGAUCCUCAACAGCACAGAGGGAGACUGGUGGGAGGCCCGCUCUCUCACCACAGGUGGAACUGGUUACAUUCCCAGUAAUUAUGUCGCUCCGGUGGACUCCAUCCAAGCUGAGGACUGGUAUUUUGGUAAAUUAGGCCGCAAGGAUGCAGAGAGACAAUUGCUUUCCAACGGCAACGCCAGAGGCACGUUCCUCAUCCGGGAGAGUGAAACGACCAAAGGGGCCUACUCCCUUUCCAUCCAGGACUGGGAUGACAUCAAGGGAGAUCACGUCAAACACUACAAGAUCCGAAAACUGGACAGCGGCGGUUACUACAUCACCACCCGAGCUCAGUUUGAGACGCUGCAGCAGUUGGUGCAGCACUACUCUGCCAGGGCGGCGGGUCUGUGCUGCCGCCUGAUCGUGCCUUGCCACAAAGGCAUGCCCCGUCUCACGGACCUGUCCGUCAAAACUAAAGAUGUGUGGGAGAUCCCGCGGGAGUCGCUUCAGCUCAUCAAACGUCUCGGCAACGGGCAGUUCGGAGAAGUUUGGAUGGGUACGUGGAACGGAACCACCAAGGUGGCUGUGAAGACCCUGAAGCCGGGCACCAUGUCGCCCGAGUCCUUCCUGGAGGAGGCUCAGAUCAUGAAGAAGCUGCGACACGACAAGCUGGUGCAGCUGUACGCGGUGGUGUCCGAAGAGCCCAUCUAUAUAGUCACCGAGUACAUGAAUAAAGGGAGUUUGCUGGACUUCCUUAAGGACGGAGAAGGACGAGGUCUCAAACUUCCAAAUCUGGUGGACAUGGCGGCUCAGGUUGCGGCUGGCAUGGCGUACAUCGAGAGGAUGAACUACAUUCACCGAGACCUGCGCUCUGCCAACAUCCUGGUCGGCGACAGUCUGGUGUGUAAGAUUGCUGACUUUGGUCUGGCCAGGCUCAUCGAGGACAACGAGUACACAGCCAGACAAGGUGCAAAGUUUCCCAUCAAGUGGACCGCGCCCGAGGCGGCGCUCUACGGGAAAUUUACCAUCAAGUCUGACGUGUGGUCCUUCGGCAUCCUGCUGACGGAGCUGGUGACCAAGGGCCGGGUGCCCUAUCCAGGCAUGAACAACCGCGAGGUGCUGGAGCAGGUGGAGCGCGGCUACCGCAUGCCGUGCCCGCAGGACUGCCCCACGUCCCUGCACGAGCUCAUGGUGCAGUGCUGGAAGAAGGACCCGGAGGAGAGGCCCACCUUCGAGUAUCUGCAGGCCUUUUUGGAGGACUACUUCACUGCCACUGAGCCUCAGUACCAACCAGGGGAUAAUCUCUGAGUCACGUCUGCCACUGGCCACUAGAGGGUGCCAGACAGCCGCUAUUAUGUCUUUUUUUUUUUUCUCUUGACGCUCAUCUGCUGACCUCUUGACUUCCAAGCCUCAUCACACACACACACAGACACACACACACACACACACACACACCCAGGCAAGCUGACUAUCAAAUCAGGAUGCUCUGGAGAAAGGAGAAGUGUCGUUCACUGACAAGGAUGCAAAAGAUGAGCUGUGUAACUUGUAAUUAGUGUAAAUACAAAUUGCUUGUUUACUUACUUCUGUUGGUUCUAUUUGACUUUAUUAUACUUUUGAUAUUUUGGGGAAACAUUCAGCUUUCCUUUACGUUUAAUCCAAGUUAAUCUGAGGUUUGCUCAUUUGCUAGACAUGCUGGACUGACCAUAUUCAAAUGAUAAUAAUGAUAAUGAUAUUACUGUAGGUCUCUGUACAACAAAUUGCAUGUAUCCCCAUUUUUGUGAUUUACAAAAUUUGU